AAAAAAACGAGUACUAAAAAUCAGAGAGAGACACAUUUAUACACCACCGGCACCGACCAUUGACCCGUAUAAGAACGAGUCAAGAAGGACAAUCACGCGGUUUUCCUCAUUUCUGUCGUUUGACAUUCAAUUUCAAUUCAAAUUCCCCCAAUCCGCCUGCAAAACCCCUUUCCGAAACACUGAAACCAUAUCAAAUUGUAAUUUAGAAAAAAAAUCGAAAAUGGCUGACGGAGGAUCGACGAUACUUGACGGAUCGCAACUCCGAGCUCUGGACUUAACUCUGCCUUCGCCUGGCGACGCCCUUACCGGAGCUCAGCUACUGGAGUUGGCGGAAUCGAGAGUCUCGAAAUCAUUCUCCGGCCUUGCAUUGCCGGAAAAUCUCAAGUCCGCCGUGCUCCGACGCGUCGGUGUAUCGGGUAACCUCGGUGACUUCCGCCUUAAGGAGCUCGAUCCUGAAAGUGCCGCUACUUUUCUUCGUGAUUACGUCUCUAUUACUGCCGAUGAACUUAAAGCUGAUCCAAUUGUUUUAUCGAUUUUGGAUGGAAAGACUCUUCAAAUGAUUUUGGAUGAUGAAGAUGAUUUUGCAAUGUUAGCUGAAAAUCUUUUCACUGAUUUGGAUACUGAAGAUAGAGGAAAGAUUGGGAAGAGUGAGAUACACAAUGCUCUCCUUCAUAUGGGAAUUGAAAUGGGGAUUCCUCCCGUGUCAGAGUUUCCUCUUUUAAGUGAGAUUUUGAAAAAGCAUGAAGCUGUGGCUGAAGAAGAACUGGGGCAGGCACAAUUUGCACAGUUGCUUCAACCCGUUCUCCAAGAUCUGGCAAAUGCUCUUGGUGAAAGUAGUGUUGUGGUCAAACAAAAUGUGAAGAUCAUUAACGGUUCUAAGCUAAGAAAGGUAAAUUUCUUUAAUAUUGUGGCAUGAUAACAAUGGAAUCCUAUUUAUAGCAUCAUAUCUGGACUGCAGCUGAUUCUGUUUAAAAUUUGGGAUAGCUAAAGAAAUAGAUAAAUUCUUCCAACAGAGAUGAAGUUAGACCUUUGACCUGUCUCAAAAAAGAUAAUAAUUUAUUUAAGUAAUUAUUUUGCAUAACUACUUUUCUUAGUUUCUCAUGUAGCAUCUGCUUGCUGGUUAUUGAUGUAAUGAUAAGCAAAUGAAAUAAUUUUCACAUGAGAGGAUAUAAAACUGUAGCUAUGGGUGUCAUUUGAAUUGAUAAUGGUGCUAGUCUGAUUGUCAAACCAAUUUUUGAAGAAAGAAAGAAUUACAUGAAUAAGACAACCAGAUGUAUAGACCCUCAUGGCAAGCUCCCUCAAAGGGUUGGAAAUUUAGGAAAUAAACCUUUUCAAAUAGUUUCAUAAGAAGCUGUAACCUAGGGUGAUAAGGCCCUCUUUGCCCUGACUCCCCCUUGGCAAAGAUGAAGCUGUAGAACAUAAUGCAUUUUUCUUUCUUAUUGCUUUGCUUGUGGGGGGACACACCUCACGUGCAGAGUGGCGUACCAAGGUUCUCUGUAUGUUCCUGAAUAUGCAGAAUGUACCGCUUGAGUAGAAGUGUAAACAAAAUUGAAGAAAAAGAAAAGAAUAUGAGAGGAAAGAUCUACCGCAAGUUUGUAACUAUGGAACAUUUGAUGUACAUUUAAGCCGAUUUCAGUCUUGAAAAAUAUCAAUAUUCUAAAGAUGGACUCAGCCAUCUCAGAAUUAAAAGUAUUCCAUAUUCUUAAGCUUCUUCAGUGAUCUUAGAUAUAACAUUUGUAAUUGGUCAGCAUGUAUAAUAAGAUAUAUCUGGCUAUGAACGAUUCAAAAUUGCAUAUUGCUCUGUGGUAGACUGAUAUGGAAUUUGGAAAUUCUUCUAAGUUUUAUGUGCUGUUUUGCAUUUUGAAUGCUCAUAUAAUGCCUUUAUCAGCCUGCAUUGUUGGUGUAAUAUCUUUAAUCUUUGAAGUUGUAACUAGCUUUCUUUUAUAAGCUUACUAGCUAGUAGACCUUCUUUUCUUUCUUAUUUCCUUCUUUUCGCACACUUUACAUUUGUGUUCAUAUGUGUUGCAAUCCCUGGUGUGGACGAUUUGGAAUAAUAGACAUUCUGAGUAAAGAUGAUUCUAUUAAACUAGAUUAUUAGAGAGGUUGUGAAGUGAAUAUUGUUGGUAGAAAUAGUUUACUAUAGAGGUUGUCAAGCGAAUACUAUUUGUAGAAAUAGGACUACAAGUACACCAUUUCAAAAGAAAAAAAAAAGGACUACAAGUAUAGUUGCUGUUCUUCUUAGACGUGAAUGGAAAGGUCAGUUUUUGCUGAAGUUAGACAAUAAUUUGCGACCAUUUGCUUUGGAGAGGAUCAACUAGCACCUAUUUAACCAACCAGAAGAAUUUUUGAAUAUGCUUGUUGGACAUAAAUGAUGUAGAAAGUAAUGAAAUCAUCAAAAUGUUACAAACACAAAUUAUGGUUUUGAACUGAUUGAAAUGGUUGGUUCUGCAGGUUCUAGCUGAUGAAAAGUGCUUAGAUGACGUUGCAGAAAAGUUGAUGCAGAAAAAACUUGAUCAAAAGGAUGCAAAAACAAGUAAGGAGAUAAUCAGAUCUUUCCUUGAUGAGAAUUGCCAAGAUUUGGGUUUGCCACCUCUAAGUGCUGAUGAAAUGGUGGUUCUCCUUUACGACACGGUUUUUUCCAGUGUGGAGGACAGUAAGGUUGGCGGAUCAGAAAAUGUGUUCAAGGUUCUCCUGAAAGAGAUUCUCGAGAAUUUUGCCGAGCAGCUUGAAGCCACUCCUGUUUUUUAUGAUUCAGGCAUUCAAGCAUGAGCCCAUUUGUUAUGUGUCUCUAAUGUCCGUAAUUUCAGAAUUUCAUGAAACAAUCUCAGUAUAAGAAAAUUAUUCUAUCUCUUGUAUUAUUAUGAAGUAAAUCCAUAUUGAUAAGGUUAACAUAUCAUUGUAUACAUAUAAAAUUAUGAUUUCGUUGGGCUUCAAAAUGUGGAAAAUGUCCAAAUCCUCCUCUUGCCCCAAAAAGGAAGUCAAGUUUGUUAAACUAUACAUUUUUUUAGAGGGACUAGGUAUAUGAAAAACCAA